CUGACGUCGUAGGGUCCUAACUCCAACCGAACCUCGAUUUCUUCUCCCCGACCACGCGCAGCACCGGCGGUGACAUACGUGCAUUAUCUGUACUUUUCUGAGUACGGCUGCAAACGUUGCAGAACCUCACCGAUAACUCCUAUUCUCGUAACCAGCGCGCCAUGAACCUCCUGCACCUUGUGCCCGCGCUGGGCGUGCUCUGGUGGCUGGGUUCGAGCAUUUCGACGUUCGCGCGCAACUACCGAUCCGCGCGUGCGUCGGGCCUGCCCAUCAUCGUCUGCGCCUUCAACCCCGACAACAUGCUGUACUUGAUCCUGAGCGUGCCGCUGCUGCCGCUGCUGGAGCGCAUCGUGCCAAAGGCGCUCUUCGACCCCAUCGAAGUCACCAUCUACGGGUGGGAGUUCCGCGACCGGCGGUCGGUCCACGAGCGGCGCGGCACAGCCUUCAUGCUGGCGACGACGUCGGUCAACCGCCUGUACGUGGCCGACGCGGCCAUGGCGCUGGGCAUCCUGGCGCGGCGCAACGACUUCCCGCAGCACCACAUGGCCCGGGACACCAUGUCCAUCGCGGGGGCCAACGUGUUCUCGUCCGACGGCGACUCGUGGUCGCGCCAGCGCCGCAUCGUCGCGCCCAGCCUCAACGAGCGCACCAGCGACAGAGUAUGGCACGAGAGCGUGGGGCAGGCGGCCGACAUGGCCGGCUUCAUGCUCGCGCAGCCGCUCGGCCAGUCGCGCGACGUGGUCAACGCGCUCAAGUGCAUCGCCAUCAACGUGCUCGCGAGCGUGGCGUACGGCCAGUCCAAGCCGUGGCGCGUCUACGAGCGGCCCACGGACCCCGCCGCCGCCAUCUCGUACACCGACGCUGUCGGCAUGACGGCCGACCUCAUGAUCCUCAGCGCCUUCAUCUCGACCAAGCUGCUGCGCCUGCCCUUCAUGCCCAAGCUGCUGCAGACGCUCGGCGUGGCCGUCGACGAGCUGCCGCGCCUCACGCGCGAUAUGCUCGACCAAGAGCGGCGGCGGGCUGCUUCGGCCUCGGAUGCCCAAGACGGCCCCGACACCGUCAUGGCCACGCUGGUGCGGCUCUCGGAUGAGGAGAAGGACGGGGCGAGCCGGCAGAAGGCGGGCGCGGGCGCGGGCGCGGGCGCGGGGUCCGGGUCCAGGUCCGGGUCCGGGACGAAGCCGUUCCUGACCGACGACGAAAUCUCGGGUAAUCUGUUUCUGUUCACCGCCGCCGGCUUCGACACGACGUCGUACUCGCUGUCGUACGCCCUCACCCUGCUGGCCGCCUACCCUGAGUGGCAGGUGUGGGUGCAGGCCGAGAUCGACGAGGUGUUUGCGUCGCUCGACCACGACACCCAGCGCGAGUACUCGGUCGUCUUUCCCAAGCUGUCGCGCUGCCUGGCCGUCAUGCUCGAAACCACGCGCCUCUACCCCCCGGCCAUGCACAUCAUCCGCGACCAGCCGCUCACAAAACCCGUGGUGCUCGCCGCCCACGGUACCACAUACCCGAUCGUGGGGCCGUGCACGGUGCAGAUCACGUCGAUCACGCUGCACGCGGACGCAGCGCACUGGGGCGGCGACGCGCUGGAGUUCCGGCCGGCGCGGUGGCUCAACGCGGACGCGGCCACGCGCGGCAAGGCGCCGCUCGUCACGCCGGCGCCAGGCUCGUUCCUCGGCUGGUCCGCCGGCCCGCGCGUGUGUCCCGGCCAGAAGAUGUCGCAGGUCGAGUUUGUGGGUGUCGUGUCGACGCUGCUGCGCAAGUGCUCUGUCGCGCCGGUUGUCGGAGCCGGCGAGACGCCGCAGCAGGCGCGCGACAGGCUGCUCGAGGUUUUGCGUGAUAGCCAGCCGGAGCUGACGCUGCGCAUGAACCGCCCGACGGAUAUUCAUCUGCAGUGGAACAGACGGCGAGGUUGAGGGGAACCGCCCGACGGAUAUUCAUUUGCAGUGGACCAGGCGGUCAGGUUGAGGGGAAAUUCGUCCCUGAUGGCUCUUCGCUGUUGAAAGUGCAUCGGUUCCCGUGGCCUGUCCGUGGCCGUGCCUUGCUGAAGACUGGUUUCGAGUUGAACCGAGUUGCUAGAUUCAGAUACCUAUUAAAAUGGCAUCAAAUGUGCUCACGCAGUUAGAGGUAGAUAUAGCAAUACAAGCGCAGGCGAACAAUGCCUAACGUAUUUGAUAAGCGAGUUAGC